GAAAUUAUUUGAAAUUUAAUAGUAACAAUCAGUUUUAUCCCUUAUGAUUGUUAUCCGACCAUUUUUUACCUUGUAUUCAAAGGCUUCAUUUUAAAUUUACAUAGGAAAUGGCUAACAGUCAAUUAACCGGACACUAUUAAUGUUAUCUCGCUGAUUGUUGUUAAUUUAAGCAUAAAAUUUCCUGAAUUGCAAUUUAUUUAUUUCUUGCUGUUUUCCUGUUAAUCAUUGAUUCCAGGAAAAGUGUUUAAGUAAUUUUUUACUCAUUACAAUCACCAUAGGAGAAGACAUUUGAUUACGUAAAUUGCUGUUAACGUUUCCAUUGACAAUUAAGAUAAAAAAUUAUAUUAUUAAUAAGAUAAUUAGUCAUUACUAUCAAAUAUCACCAAUAAGAAUUAAUUAAAGUUGAUAGUCAAACAAUCAGGAUGAAAUUUUCACCAAGUAAAAUCAAUUUUUUAAUUGUAAGAAAAAUUUUGAUCAAAAUGCAAUUUAAUUGUAUCACCAAUAAGGUGAUUAGGGUUUGCAAGACAAGAAAUUAAAAUCCUAAUUGAUUAGAUUUAAAAUCCAAAGCUCACUUGCAAUUAGAAUGGUUUAAUUUUCAACUGUCAACAUGAUUAGGUUAAUGUUAAUUGUCUUUCUUGUUGAGUUAAUUGUUCCCCAUGAAUUUCAAGAAGUUCUGGUCAAUAGUUUCACUUGUAACGAUGGGAAUGAAACAAUAUUUUUGAAUUACCGAUGCGAUGGAUUUGUCAAUUGUGAAGAUGGUUCAGAUGAGGAAAAUUGUGUUUGCCCACCGUCACAAUUUAGAGGAUCAAAUGGUUAUUGUGUCUCAAGUUUAAUUGAGUUUGUCGCUCUUCGUGAUUGUCUCAUGUACGACGAUGAAUUAGUUUGUGGUAAAAAUUGUACAUCUGAUGAGUUUCGAUGUUCAUCUGACCGGUGUAUCGACAAGAGUAAACUUUGUGAUGGUACACCCGAUUGUCAAUUCUCCAUCGACGAAUGGGUUCCCGAGUGUAGAUCAGUCAAAGAUCAAUUAGAACGGGAUAAAGAGAUAAAAUGUCCACCCGAGAAACUCCCGUGCUACACCGAUGAUCCUGGACUCUUUUACGAUGACCUGGACUACCAUUGUGUUCACAUGUACGAAGAGUGUUUCCAUGCACACCAAUGUAGAGUCGAUGGUUGUAGAUUUUAUUUGGGUUGUAAGGAAGAUGAAUUCACUUGUUAUGAUGCUCCCUGUUUGAAUAAGUCUUUGCUAUGUGACGGCAAAUGGAAUUGCAUUGGUGGGGUCGAUGAAUCGCCGAUCGCUUGUCUGUUCAAAAUACAAGAAAGUUUCCAGAAAUCAACAAGUGGGCUUUCAACUAGUUCGGUGUUUGUUUAUAUUAUCGUUUUCGUCUUAAUUGCUGCAAUUGUCUGGCAAAUUUACUUAAUGUGUUGGAGCUCAGUGAGUCCAAAGGAAAAACCAGUCGAAUUGAACAAAAUUGAAAAACCACCUCAGGCGAUUGAGCAAAAACAAUCAACGACCAAAGUGAACAAAUCAAAAUCGAACUCAACUUUAGAUGUAUCAAAAUCAAAGCCCAAAUUAGACAUAAUCAAAUCAAAAUCGAGCUCGAAAUUAAAUGUAGUCAAAUCGAAAUCGAACCCGAAAUUAGAUGAAAUCAAAUCGAAAUCGAGUUCGAAAUUAAAUGUAGUCAAAUCAAAAUCGAACCCGAAAUUAGAUGAAACCAGAUCGAAAUCAAACUCUAAAUUGAUUGUUGUCAAAUCUAAAUCAUCACCUUCUUCCAAUUAAUUGUUGGUUAAACGUUUCGUUGGCUAAAUUUUUGAUCAAAUUUGUAGACGGAUAAACAUGAUAAUAACAAUUGAUACAAAUUAACCUCAUAUUAUUGUUUAUAAAGCAGUUAACUGUUAAUUUCUUGAUUAAAUUAACUGACAACAACCAGUUGAUUGAAGUAAAUCAAAUUGUCCUCCUUUGUGUGUCUAUCUUAUUAUCAUUAUUUAGUAUUGAAAACGUUAAUUUUUGUUUGUUAGAAAUUAACUAACAUCCUCAGCCUAUGAUUAAUUAAUUGUGGUGAAAUUUUGUUACUUGCUAUCAAAAUAUUGAUUAGUAAUUAACAAUCAGUUAAUUGUACUCAUCGUAAUCACAUGAGUCUCUGUCACUCUAUAAAAUCUGAUUGAUUUUGAUUGAAGAAAAUAAAAGAAAUCAAUUUAAUUGUAAUCAUUAUUACAAUUUGCACCAAUCCCCCAAUAAUCAAUAUUGAUUAAUCAAUUUGUUUUUAAUCAGUUAAUCAUAAUUGCUGAAUCAAAUCAAAUUAGAUUUCA